AUGUCGCAGCUUGGCGGAGUUACUCCAUUACCUUUCAUCGUCCCCCCAGGCUGGACGGCACGUCCCGGGAGCCCCAGCUUUGAAUACGAGUGGGACGGUGUCGAUUCAUCGGGCCAAAAGAUUGCUCGAGGCUAUGGCCUUGCCCCAGGCCGACCAAUAUUAGAGGAUGACGACGCUUCUACAAUAAUUUUCCAAUCUGGCGAUAAACUCUACCUCUGGGAUGUGCUUUAUUGUGAUGUGUAUGAACUCGCAACUCAGGACAUCAACGAAGUCGCUCGUGUUCUCUCUCAGGAAGGAGGUUUGAAGAAGCUGCAGAGACGCCUUCUUGAUCCGGUUGAAGACAUUGCUGCCUGA